AUGCAUAUUGGAGCACAUCCUUCGGCCCAUUCGGCUGCAAUUGAAAAUGACGAAUUGAUUGCAUAUGUUAAAGGAGAGCGUUAUCUAUAUACUCGUUGUACUUUCACUUCUGCCCCAGAAAAGAAAGCUGAUUUAAAGAAAACAGGCGUUCCUUUUGUCGUAUCAGUCACUCCUCUGCCAGCCAUAUCUCUUGAUGAAGCCGUCAAGACUCCUACUGCCCAUCGUUGCACUUCUUGCCAGGCUUAUAUCAAUCCUUAUUGUGAAGUCAUUCCGCCUGGUUAUAAAUGGCGUUGUUCUAUUUGUAAGAGUCUUAAUGACGUAAGUUCUCCCCUUCAUUCUUAUGGGGCCUCUUUAAGAGUCUUUAGUCCCAAUGAAAAUGCUGAGAAUAAUCGUAGUGCUUGUGGUGAUCCCUUACUGACCUAUGAUGUUAUUGAGUUUCCUUCUAGCUUAGAAAGAGCUACCCCACCUCCUCCCGUCUUUGUCUUUGCUAUUGAAGCUACAGUUGAAGCAAUUGAAAGGGGAGCACUGGCAGCUUUAGUUGAUGAAAUACCAGAGGCUUUAGCAGCUAUUGAAGACCCACACCAUCGGGCAGAACUAGCCAUCCUUUUCUUUGGCCAGUCAGUGCAAGUCUUAAGAUUAAAUCAAGAUAAACCGGUUCUUGAUACGAUUAAUGAAAUAGAUGGGACUCUACCUAUGCUUAUGGACUCAGAAUACGUUGUUUCUCUUAAAACAGUUAAGGAUAGACUGCCUGAACUCUUAACUGAAGCUGAGAAGAUGAUUUUACAUACGGAAAGAGAAGUACCUAGUAAUUUUGGACUAGUACUUAAAGUAGCUAGUCAUAUUCUACACCGAGGAGGACAUGUUCAGGCUUUUAUCUCUUCUGCCCCAGCAGUUAAGGAAUGUGCUGUUCCAGCUGGUGCUUGUUUAGGUACGAAACUGAACUAUUACGACCGAUUGACUGAGCAAUUACUAGCCCGGAGUGUUUCUGUCUCUUUGUUUAUUCUAGCUAGUAAGACAGUUGAAGCUCCGGCUUUACUAUCAGUAGUAGAAAGUACUGGAGGUGAUUUAAGGUACUACCCGGCCUUCUUAGGCAAUCAUGAACCGGAUCGAGAGAGUUUACAUCGGGAUUUAGUCCAGCACUUAGGCAGUUGUAGUGGCUCGCAUACUUACUGCCGGGUAAGGUCUUCAGAAGGAGUGACAAUUCGUAAGUACUGGGGAGUGGUUGUUCAGGACUCAGGACUGAUUAAACUACCCUUACUAAGACGAGGGAAGACUUUCUCUUUUGAAGCAGAUUAUGAUACGGACUUGGUUUUGAAAGGUAUUUCCUUUCAAGUAGCAGUGAUUUAUAAUAGUGUAGCUGGGGAAAGGACUGUGCGUGUACUUAACUUUACAGUCGAGUUAGGACCAACGGGAAUAGAUCCUCAAGCUACAGUUCAUGCUAUUGCUUUACAGGCUCUAGAUAAGGAGUGUGCGACUCGAGGGGCAGGUGCUCAAUGUGCAGCUACCUUAGCAGCUAGUGCAAUUAUGAAGAUUGGAGUGGAUGGAGCUAUGGGAGCUUUUCCCCGGCUAGUUUACGGCCUGGUGAAGAACAAAGUGUUUAAAGGUGUUUCACCGGAUUUAAGAGCAGUACUCUGGCAUGGGAUUCGUACUUUACCCGUCUCAGUAGUUGAUGCAAUUAUCUAUCCUAUUCUAGUGCGGAUAGAUGAAGAAGUAGCCGGUUUGGAUGAAGAAGGCGAGGAAGGUAUAGCAUUGCCCUACCCCUUACGACUUUCAGCAACUGUAAUUGGUACGGAUGGGACUUAUUUACUUGAUGCCGGGAUAGUGGCCUAUACAUUUACUGGUGAGAGUUCUGGGUACCAGGUUUGUGGUGGAAUGGAAGGCCGAGUGGUUUUACCAGAAGAUGAAGACCAUGCUCGAGUCCGGGCAAUUUUAGAACAUAUGGUUAGUGGCCGAGUAGUUGAUCCAACUGUUUAUUCAGUUCAUCAACAAGGACAUGCUUUCUUACUAGAAGGUUUUCAAGCUAUGUUACUAGAGGACGGUCCCUCUAGCUUAUCUGGAUCUCUGGCUGAUUUCUCGCGUAAGUUACUAUCAGCUGGAUAUGCUAAAUAA